GCGCUGGCCCAGACUACAAUGGAGCCGGCCAGGGAGCAGCAGUUGCUGGGACACGACGUGGAGGUAUCGAAGGAGCAGGAGGAGGAUGCUCCGGAGGGGCACCAGGAGGAGGUUGCUCCGGAGGGGCAGUUGGAGGAGCAAGCUAACGAAGUGAAGAACAGUGUGGAGCCAGAAGAAAGCAAAGAGAAGGGAGAUUCUCGGGAAGAAUUGGAGGAAAGUGGUGUUCAAGAAAAGCUAGAAGAGCCUCAGGAGCCAGGAGAUCUGGAGGAGAAUCCAAUACUUCCCACAGAAUCUCCAAAAACAGAAGAAUCUAUAGAGAAGGAUCUCGAAAAAGAAAAGCCGGAUGAAGAUCCUGAAGAAUUGCCAACAAAUGUAAGUCAGGAGAAGCAGGCAGAAGAUUUGAAACCAGAAGAAGACACAACUAAGCCUGAAGUUGUUGACAAUCCGGAAGAACUGGCAAGCCAAGAAGAUUCUGGGGAAGAGAAACCAGAAGAAUCUAAAGAAGAAAAGGAUAAAGGACCGACAGAACUUUCCGAAGAGAGUCCUGAAGAUUCUUCAAGCAAGGAAACUGAAGAAAUUGAAGAAUUAACAGAAUCCUUAAAAAUAGAAGAGUCUCAAGGGGAAAACCAGGAGAAAAUAGCUACAGCCGAGGCUACAGAAGAUUUGUCUGAAAUUCCUAAAGAAGAAUCUACAGAAAUCUUGGAAGAAUCACCAAAAAAUAUAGAAAACAAUAAAAAUCGAGAAGACAUAGAAACAGAACUCUCCGAAGAAUCAUCAAAGACAAUAGAGGAAGAGAAGAAUCUGAAGAAUUCCUCAUUAGAAGUCACAGAAGAAUUGAAAAAGGACCUAAAAUUGGAGGAGAAUCUGGAGAACACAUCAUCAGAAAUUCAAAGAGAACUCCCUGAAGAAUCACUUGAGGAACCAGAAGAGAAGAAUCUGGAGAAGGAGCUGGAGGAGAACCAAGAAACCACCAAAGCCGAGCAGUUGAAGAGCCCCCCACCGGAGGAAGAUCUUCCCAACGAGCAGGUGACUCUCUUCCUGCGCCAACUGGUCCACCAACUGUGGCCCGAACUGGGAUCCAGUCCAGAACUACGCCUGGAGCGGGCUAGCGCCAAGGGAGACAACUACCUGGGCGUGGUCUGGCGGCUGCAGGUGGCUGCCGGAAGACGCAGCCUGGUGGUGAAGCUUCCCCCCCAGAAUCGAGUGCGCCGGAAGCAAUUCUUCGCCCGUCCCUGCUUCCUCCGGGAGACGGCAGCCUACGAGGAGUUCCUCCCUCUGGCGGAGCGCUUCCAGGAGGAGUGGAGUGUCCCGCUAGAGGAUCGCUUCCGGCAGCACGCCCACUGCUUCGGGACGCGGUCGGACGAGCCGAACGAGUGCAUCGUCUUGGAGGACCUCUCCGCCACCGGCUACCUGCUGCACAACCGCUUCCAGGACCUGUCCGUGGAGCAGGUCCGCCUCGUCAUCCGCUCCUACGCCAAGCUGCAUGCCGUCUCCCUGGCGGCCAAGAAACAGUGGCCGGAUCGGGUCAAGCCGCUCCAGGUGCUGGUGGACAUCUUCGAGCAGCGACGGGACGACUACGCCUUGGGUGUCUACUUCGAGAACCUCAAGGGCAGUGCCCUCUCCUCGCUGCUCUCCCCGAAGGACGACGGAGUCUACAGAUCCCGCUUGGAGGCCUAUUUCUCGAGGGGAUCCUACUUCGAUCUGCUCCUGCCGCUGGUCAGUGGCUCCAACUGUGAGCCCUUCGCCGUCAUCUGCCACGGGGACUGCUGGAACAACAACAUCCUGUACAGGGUGGGGGCCAGUGGCCAGGUGGAGGACGUGCGUCUCAUCGACUGGCAGCUGAUGCGCUAUGCCUCUCCCGUCACCGACCUGGCCUACUUCCUCUUCACCUGCACGAGCAGGAGCUUCCGGCAGGAGCAUCUCCUGGGCAUCCUGGAGGACUACUACCUGGAGUUGGGUCUCCACCUGGAGAGAUUGGGCGAGAAAGUGGAUGAGCUGAUGCCCCGUCGGGCCUUCGAGGAGCAAGUGAAGAAUAAGGCGGCUGUGGGCCUCCUCCUGGCCAUGAUGGUCCUCCCCAUAGUGACGAUGCAGGGCCAGGAUGUGCCCGACCUGCAGGCCAUCAGCGAGCGGAUAGAGGCGGGAGCCACAACGGAUCUCCACGGGGCUGGGUUUCUGGGAGCGGGAAACGAAACAACUUUCCGGCAGAGGAUGCGAGAGGUGAUCUUGGACUGCGUGGACUUUGAUUAUAUUUGAGAGCGCAGGAGGAGGAGCAGGAGGAGGAGGAGGUCUAGGAGGAGAACCAGGAGAAGAGUAACUAACCUUGUGCUGCAACUGCUGGGGAUUGAGGCGCAGCUUCUUGGCGCUGGUGGCGAACCGGAGAGUGGCCACUGUCUCGCUGAGAUCGGCGGCAUGUGGACUGAUGCAGGCCAGGAACGUGACAUACGACUUGGCCGUCAAGGACUCUGCAACAAGGAUUCCACGAUUCAAAUCAAUAAAAAAUAAAAAUCAUUAAAUCCA